GUGAAUGAUAAAAUUAGUGAAUAAUUGAGAGUUUUAAGAAAGAAAUGGUAUACAACGGUUCCAUGGUUACAAUAAAAUAAAUAAUUAAAAUUUACUAAUUAAUUUAGUUAAAAAAUGGAAAUAUAUAUCAUCACAAAUGCUCUGGGAAAAUAAAUCAUGAAGGGUGUGUAUUUAUUCUCUAAUUUUGUAAGGUGUAACCACAUGGAUUCCACUUUAAAUUUUUAUUGUGUUAUUUUCACAACUAACAUUUGUAAUAAUUUAAUUUUUAAAAAUGGCACACGGAUCGCAACAUACAAAAGUAGAAAAUACCGUAAAAAAGGAAUAUCCAAUGAGGGAUUUAUUUCGGAGGUUCCUGGUCAUGAAAUCGAUUUUAGCUCUUGUUCUUGGAUUUAUUCUUGGAUAUUUUAAAGUUACUGGAAUUCUAGGCUUCAUGGUUUUCAUACCCUUUCAGUACAUUUCCGGCCAGUUUUACUGUACCCAGUUUAAGGUUCCAGACUACCUUAUGGAUAAGGGAGAAAUGUUUACAACUCAAUGCUUACCCUCUUUUGGGUUAUUUUUGAUGGUUUGGAUCAUAACCUACACAAUGUUUCACGGCUAAGACUCAAUAAUUUAUUUUAAGCAUAAAUAUA